GUGGUGUCUGUAGGACUUCUCUGCACCUCGUCGUAGGCUGUAAAGUUUACUCAUGAAGGUUGAAAGCUGAAAGAUACUACAAAGCACAGACUCUUUUUCUGGUAAAGACAAAACGUACAAACCCUAAAGCCUCGACACUUUUUAUCCUCUCUCUCUCUCUCUCUCCCUAAAUCUCUCCCUCUCUCUCUAAACACCAUUCCCAACUUCAACCCUGUUUCUGAUUUGUCACAUCUCUACUGCGUGGAUUGUUCAUUUCUGCCUUUUUAUGCUUCGACAUCUGAAGUUAAAAUUCUCCCUUCGUUAGCAUAAAGAGGGCGGCUGCUACAGAAAAAAAAACAUAAGCAUAAAGGGUGCGAUGUAGGGUAUUUUUGUCUUUCGAGUUCUGAGAAAAUUACGCGGAAUGCCCCCGACUAACCUGACACAUAUUCGUUAAGUCAGGGCAUAUAAAGUCUUUUAUCGUAUCUUUUUGUCACGUGGAAAUUGCGGCAGAUAGAUUUUGCCUUCUUUUCUGGGUGUGGAGGGCCAGGGCUCUACUCUCACCGGGAUUCAGAUUCACACAGCACCGAAAUCGCCACUCCAAAACUUUGGACCUUCCGCUUCAGCAGUUACAGGUUAGGUAGCAAGGCCAUUCCUAAUAUAGUGGGACACAAACCUAUAUAUUUGAACCUGGAGUGUCCCUGAACAAUAUUGUUAUUAUCACUGCUUUCUAGUUGUAUUUAUGAUUAUGAAUAUUGGUAGUUAACAUCUCAUUCAUUGAAUGGAAGCUGUCCAACUCCAUUCAAAGAAAGGCUAUUUAACUUAAUUAGGUUGUAGAAAGCAGAGCUGAAACGCGUACCUCAUUGUGCACUCAACCCAAGGUCCCAACCUACAUCUUUCAGUCUCCCUCUUCAACCUCUCCACUCUAGAACAUGGUGCUCUCCUCCAUUCUUUUGAAAGCUGCUUCUUCAAAAGUCUUCUCCAGAGCUGCUUAUCUGCCUUCCUGUUUGAGAUGGAUGAGCAAUGUCCCUGAGAAUUCAGUUUAUGGUGGACCUAAGCCUCAAAACCCUGACCACCGAGUCACCCUAACCCACCUGAGGCAGAAACACCGAAGGUCUGAACCAAUUACUAUGGUAACGGCUUAUGACUACCCAUCAGCGGUCCAUGUUGAUGAAGUCGGCAUUGAUAUUUGCCUUGUUGGAGACUCAGCUUCCAUGGUAGUCCAUGGCCACGAUACGACCCUUCCCAUCACCCUUGAUGAGAUGCUCGUCCACUGCCGUGCUGUUGCUCGUGGUGCAAAACGCCCCCUUCUCGUUGGUGACCUCCCCUUUGGCACUUACGAGUCCAGCUCUCAGCAGGCCAUUGACACAGCAGUUAGGGUGCUCAAGGAAGGGAGCAUGGAUGCAAUUAAAUUAGAAGGAGGUGUUCCUUCCAGGAUAGCAGCUGCAAAGGCCAUUGUUGAAGCAGGAAUUGCUGUUAUGGGCCAUGUUGGGCUUACUCCUCAAGCAAUUAGUGUUCUUGGGGGAUUUAGACCUCAAGGGAGAAAUGUCGCCAGUGCCAUCAAGGUUGUGGAGGCAGCGCUUGCUUUGCAGGAAGUUGGAUGCUUUUCGGUUGUUCUGGAAUGCGUUCCUGCACCUGUUGCCGCAGCUGCUACUUCUGUACUUCGAAUUCCCACCAUUGGCAUUGGGGCUGGACCUUUCUGCAGUGGGCAGGUGCUUGUUUAUCAUGAUCUAUUGGGCAUGAUGCAACACCCUCACCAUGCAAAGGUCACCCCAAAGUUUUGUAAGCAGUUUGGCCACAUUGGUGAGGCCAUCAACAAAGCUCUUUCACAAUACAAGGAAGAGGUAACCAACAGAUCGUUCCCCAGCGCUGCACACACAACAUAUAAAAUCAGCCAAGAUGAUUUUAAUGGGUUCACGAAUGAAUUACAAAAGCUGGGGUUGGACAAAGCAGCAUCUGCAGCAGCAGCUGCAGCUGAGAAAAACAGCUAGUUGAACUGUAGCAAUUGAAUUAGGGAACUAAGACAAUUGAGUGAAUAUCAGUUUAUUCCAACAGUUGCCCAUUUUUGACAGCACUUUUUUUGUUUUUUUUGUGGUGGGGGUGGGGGUGGGAUGGGGUAGAUAUGGGUGGACCACUAGUAUUGUUAAGUUGCAUAUUCUCAUUGCCGUUGCAGCUUUUGGUAGUAAUAUUACCAUCACUUAAUUGAAAAUAUGGAGUGAAUGAGACAGAAUUGACUAUACACAUCAAAUUAUUGUAUGUGGCUUUUAGAGAUA